CCCCCUCGGAUGUGGCUGGAGCUUGAGGCGCGCAGGGCCGGAGACGCCGCAGACCCGCGACCCGGAGCAGCUCGGAGGCGGUGAAUAAUAGCUCUUCAAGUCUGCAAUAAAAAAUGGCCUCCAAUAAAACUACAUUGCAAAAAAUGGGAAAGAAACAGAAUGGAAAGAGUAAAAAAGUAGAAGAGGCAGAGCCUGAAGAAUUUGUGGUGGAAAAAGUACUGGACCGACGUGUAGUGAAUGGGAAGGUGGAGUAUUUCCUGAAGUGGAAGGGAUUCACAGAUGCUGACAAUACUUGGGAACCUGAAGAAAAUUUAGAUUGUCCAGAGUUAAUUGAAGCAUUUCUUAAUUCUCAAAAAGCUGGUAAAGAAAAAGAUACAAAAAGAAAAUCUUUAUCUGACAGUGAAUCUGAUGAUAGCAAAUCAAAGAAGAAAAGAGAUGCUGCUGAUAAACCAAGAGGCUUUGCCAGAGGUCUUGAUCCUGAACGAAUAAUUGGUGCCACAGACAGCAGUGGAGAAUUAAUGUUUCUCAUGAAAUGGAAAGAUUCAGAUGAGGAAGACUUGGUGCUGGCAAAAGAGGCAAAUAUGAAGUGUCCUCAAAUUGUAAUUGCUUUUUAUGAAGAGAGACUAACUUGGCAUUCUUGUCCAGAAGAUGAAGCUCAAUAAUUGUUUGUGUUGCUUUUUAUAUAUAUUUAUAUAUAUAUAUAAAAUCUGGGUCUUUGUUUUUUGAUUUAUUAGUGUGAAGAAAUAACAUUCUAAUGAAAAUCAAGUUUGAUAUGUUUGUUUUGAAGUAGUAUUGGGGGAGUUGUUGGGGGUUUUUGCAUCUAUAGCACUGGUUACUUUGAACAAAUAAAAGCUUUCUGUAGUUGCUUCCUUUAUCAGAAAAGAAUAUUUGAGGCCAUGGUAUAUUAUCCCCCUGCAUUAGAGAACACCUUUUCUAAAUGUUGGGGGAAAUCUUCAUAGUUGUUACUCAUUCAAAAUUUGUGUUUAACUCCUGUAUGCCUAAGGACCAUUCUGGGUUUUUUGUUUAGGGGUUUUUUGUGUGUACACUUAAAAUACAUACAUAAAUGGUUUUCUUUCUUUUUUUUUNACA